CGAAAAUUUAAAUAAAAUAAAUAAAUUUAUUAGUCAGAUAAGAUAAAGUGUUAUGAAAGUCACAUUUUAAUAAUUAAGUGAAUCUGAUAAAGUUUUAACAUCGGUGAUAUUUUUUAUCGGAUAAAAAUGUUUCAAUAAUAAAAGUGACAUUUUUAUAAUUAUUAGGUUGAUCAGAUAGGACCUUGACUUAAAUAACAAAAGUGACAUUUUUGUAACAAGUGAUAAUUAUACAUAUGAUAAAAAUAAUAAUUGUACAUAUUCUGAUCCACACAUACAAAUAAUACUUUUUUUUAAAACAAAUAAUACUUAAUAGCUAAAGACAUAUACAACCUAAAAUUAAAAAUGUACAUGCAUAUACUACGGGUAAGGCAUUAAGCUAGCACAUGCAUAUGCUAUGUAUCAAACAAGAAUUCACUCUCCAAGGGACCAAAAGGCCGUGCAAUUCUUAAUGAUAGUAUAUGAUACAUGCACCUACUACUCUAAUAAUAUUAGGUACCUGACAAAUACACAUGGGUACCUACCUGGCAAAUACACAUGCAUUAACCCUACAGAGUAUAAACUAGCAAGGAAACUGCGAUUGACCAUAGCAUCCAUGCGUUUUAUACAAAGCUAACCCGUUUUAUACGCAAUUCAAAGCUAACCGGAUGAACCUUCUGAGUGGAUAUAUAUACACGUCUCCCUCAAAGAAAAUAAACAAAGAGAAAAGAAGUCUGAGCCUCGCCGAUCAACUCACCAUCAUAUCGCGAGAGGAAAGAAAAGAUACAAGUAGGUGUAGGAAAACAGAGAGAUAGAGGGAGAGAGAGAAGGGCCACCUUCCUCGUCGCCGCAGAACGAACGUCGGCGGUGAAGAUUACUACAACGCCGCAGAAGGUAUCUCGCCGCUCCACUGUUGGAGAAGAAGACCCAGUUGUACGCCGGACCAAGCCGCCAUCGCCGGAGUGACGCGCUGGCCGUUCCGUCAACACCGCCGCCAGAGAGAAGGAAGUGCCGCGCCACCAGGCACCGCGGAUAGAGUAACAUCGCUGGAAGAAGAAGGCCGUCUGAAGUCCGCCGUUGUCAUCGCCGGAAGAAGAAGCUGCCACGGUUGACGUUACUAUCUUUGUCCUGCUCGUUUCAGUCGACGACGAAGACCAAAAGGUGAAGAUCGAGGUAGAAGCUUCGGUUAGAAAUUAUCGUGACUCGAGGAAUUGAGGAUCAUAUUGAAGUUGAUUUCGAGAGCUUCCGCUAGAACACAUAGACUAAAGUGAUUGAGUAAUUUAUUUUAGUCUUAAUUUUAAAGAAUUGUAGUUGAACAAUUAAAUAUGGAAAAUUUUAAUUUGUUGGUGGUGGAUAGCCUGUGCACUCGGUUAUGUGAGAACCGAGUGUGGCGGUAACGCCCCUAUUUCCCUUUGAAUUUUCCGCUGCAUAAUUCUGAUAAAUCAUUAUUUAAAUGUAUUUUUGGGUGGGAAAUUUGGGGGGGUGUUACAAGUUGGUAUCAGAGCCCUUGAUUUUUAAAUGGGGGUUUGCAAAUAAAAGUUUUUCCUAAAGUGACUAUGGUUUUCAAAAAAAAAAAAAAAAUAGUUUCGAACAUUUUUUUUGACUUUCUAAAACUUCAUUGAGUAAUACCAACAAGUUGGUAUGAGAGACUUUGAUUUUCUAAAAUGGGGGUUUUAAACAAUUUCUGAGAUUUUCUUAAACUCCCUUAAGUGUAUCAAAGCCUUAAUAUUUUCCAAGGGGAUUUUUGUAAAAUGCUUUUUUUGAAAUACUAGGAAAUUAAUUUACUAGGGAAUAAGUAAGAACUUCUAGGACCGCGGUGAGAAUGUGAGAUUUUGAAUUUCUAUUUUGGUGGAGUUUGUUGACUUAUAUGAGAUAUAUCAUUAUUGACUCAGUUGAGAAUGAGUUUGGACUUUUAGAGGAACUUACCAAAUGUGAAUAGUGAGUUAUUAGGUAAGGUAGUGUAAUUGGUGAAUAUCAUUCUAUAAACUUCGUGUCCUAAACAUUAUUCUUUCAAGUAGACAAUGAAGUCAACAAGAAACAAAGUAGAAGACAAUGUCGCCGCACCGACGAAUGCGGAGUUGGCUCAAAAUAUGGUUCAACUCAUCCAGACUAUCGGGAGUGUGUUAGUUCAGAACAAACACCAACAACGUCUCAAAAACCGCAAUGAUGUAGCGAAACUUGUAGCGAAGCACAAUCCACCGUGUUAUUUAGGCCAAGAAGAUCCUCUCAUCCUUGAGGAUUGGAUUCGCACUUUCGACAAACUUUUCGAUGCUAUAAAUUGCCCUGCAGAUCAACGAAUUAAUACGGCUGCGUACUAUCUACGUCAAGAGGCAGACAAUUGGUGGGCCACGACUGCCCCAACGUUGCGUCAACAACCCGACUUUUCUUGGGAGACGUUCAAGGAGGCAAUGCGAAAAAGAUUCUACCCAGAGCACGUGAGAGCUGAGAAGUAUGAAGAAUUUUUACACCUGAAGCAAAUAGGCAUGACUGUUCAAGAGUACCACUCUAAAUUCUUGAAUCUCGCACGAUUUGCACCCACGCUAGUUCCCGAUGAAAUCGAGAAAACAAAUAAGUUUAUACGCGGUCUGAACUUCGAGACACAAAAAGCUCUUUGCGUUUCAGAAUGCCAAACGUUGAACGAUGCCUACAACAAAGCUGGCAAGCACUAUCGAGUGCAACAACUCCAGAAGAAAACACUCAAGAGAGCGAGGAAAGUGACUGAAGGAGAAAGCAAAACAGGAGGCAAACAAUGCAAGCUAAAUCAGCUAGGGCACACUCGGAACGGGAAGAAGAUCAACAACCAAGGCCAAGACCAGAAGCGUAAGAAGAAGAACUCAACUGAAGAGAUGCACUUCUACUGCUCGAAGUGUAGAAAGGAUCACCCCGGGAAAUACUGUGAUGGAACGCUUGUACGAUGUUUUCAUUGUGACAAGCUAGGGCAUAGGGUGUUUGAGUGUUAUUCAAGGAAGAAGGAAAUCCCUCCAACUCGUGGACUCAAUCGUCAUCCAAAACGCAAUGGAAGAACCUCAGAAUAGUAGGCGAAAAUAUAUCAAUUCCUAAUUUUCAUAAUUAGUAAAAAUGUUUGAGAAUUAUGUAUCGUUUGAUCUUUGACGAAUAAAUUAUUUUCUUGAAUAAGUUAAAUGCUUCGGGGACGAAGCAUUCUUUUAAGGAGGGUAGAAUGUGACACUCCUAAAAUUUAAUAAAAAGGAUUUAAUAUAAACUAACACAUGGUAACUGUUAAUUGUAUCUGUGAAUACUUUUCUUAACAUAUGCUUCGGGACGAAGCAACUUUUAAGGAGGGUAGAAUGUGACACCCCGAAAAUUUAAAUAAAAUAAAUAAAUUUAUUAGUCAGAUAAGAUAAAGUGUUAUGAAAGUCACAUUUUAAUAAUUAAGUGAAUCUGAUAAAGUUUUAACAUCGGUGAUAUUUUUUAUCGGAUAAAAAUGUUUCAAUAAUAAAAGUGACAUUUUUAUAAUUAUUAGGUUGAUCAGAUAGGACCUUGACUUAAAUAACAAAAGUGACAUUUUUGUAACAAGUGAUAAUUAUACAUAUGAUAAAAAUAAUAAUUGUACAUAUUCUGAUCCACACAUACAAAUAAUACUUUUUUUUAAAACAAAUAAUACUUAAUAGCUAAAGACAUAUACAACCUAAAAUUAAAAAUGUACAUGCAUAUACUACGGGUAAGGCAUUAAGCUAGCACAUGCAUAUGCUAUGUAUCAAACAAGAAUUCACUCUCCAAGGGACCAAAAGGCCGUGCAAUUCUUAAUGAUAGUAUAUGAUACAUGCACCUACUACUCUAAUAAUAUUAGGUACCUGACAAAUACACAUGGGUACCUACCUGGCAAAUACACAUGCAUUAACCCUACAGAGUAUAAACUAGCAAGGAAACUGCGAUUGACCAUAGCAUCCAUGCGUUUUAUACAAAGCUAACCCGUUUUAUACGCAAUUCAAAGCUAACCGGAUGAACCUUCUGAGUGGAUAUAUAUACACGUCUCCCUCAAAGAAAAUAAACAAAGAGAAAAGAAGUCUGAGCCUCGCCGAUCAACUCACCAUCAUAUCGCGAGAGGAAAGAAAAGAUACAAGUAGGUGUAGGAAAACAGAGAGAUAGAGGGAGAGAGAGAAGGGCCACCUUCCUCGUCGCCGCAGAACGAACGUCGGCGGUGAAGAUUACUACAACGCCGCAGAAGGUAUCUCGCCGCUCCACUGUUGGAGAAGAAGACCCAGUUGUACGCCGGACCAAGCCGCCAUCGCCGGAGUGACGCGCUGGCCGUUCCGUCAACACCGCCGCCAGAGAGAAGGAAGUGCCGCGCCACCAGGCACCGCGGAUAGAGUAACAUCGCUGGAAGAAGAAGGCCGUCUGAAGUCCGCCGUUGUCAUCGCCGGAAGAAGAAGCUGCCACGGUUGACGUUACUAUCUUUGUCCUGCUCGUUUCAGUCGACGACGAAGACCAAAAGGUGAAGAUCGAGGUAGAAGCUUCGGUUAGAAAUUAUCGUGACUCGAGGAAUUGAGGAUCAUAUUGAAGUUGAUUUCGAGAGCUUCCGCUAGAACACAUAGACUAAAGUGAUUGAGUAAUUUAUUUUAGUCUUAAUUUUAAAGAAUUGUAGUUGAACAAUUAAAUAUGGAAAAUUUUAAUUUGUUGGUGGUGGAUAGCCUGUGCACUCGGUUAUGUGAGAACCGAGUGUGGCGGUAACGCCCCUAUUUCCCUUUGAAUUUUCCGCUGCAUAAUUCUGAU